AUGAUGGCGGUGGUGCACGCGACGGGUCUCAACACGUUCUUCGGCAAGGCGGCGGCGCUCGUGCAGAGCUCGCACAAGAAGAGCCACAUUCACGUCAUCCUCAAGGCCAUCGGUUACUUCUGUAUCCUCUUCGUGCUGGCCGGCUGCGUGGCCGAACUCAUCACCCAGUUUGCCAUCCGCGGCAAGCCCUGCACCGGUGUUGUGGAUGCGGAAUGCGCGCCGCUGAACAACAUGUUGGUGCUGGUCGUGGGCGGACUGCCCAUCGCCAUGCCCACCAUCCUGUCGGUGACCAUGGCCCUGGGCGCCAGCGCGCUCGCCAAGAAAAAGGCCAUCGUCUCGCGUCUCACCGCCGUCGAAGAGAUCGCCGGUAUGGAGGUGCUCUGCUCCGACAAGACCGGCACGUUGACCAAGAAUGAGCUUUCCAUUUCCAACCCCGUCGCCUACGUCGGCGAGGUUGCUGACGUCAUCUUUGACGCGGCGCUGGCGUCCAAGCCCGAGAACGGCGACGCGAUCGACAUUGCGAUGGUGGCGUCGUGCACGGACGAGCAGCGCGAGCUGCUGAAGCAGUUCAAGACCCUCCACUUCCAGCCCUUCGACCCGGUGGGCAAGAAGACCGUGGCCAAGAUCCAGAGCCCCGAGGGCGAGGUGUUCCACACCACCAAGGGCGCUCCGCAGGUCAUCCUCGGCCUCGCCGAAAACGGACCCAAGAUCCGGAAGAGCGUGCUCGCGGACAUCGAGCGCCUGGGCCAGGCGGGCUAUCGCACGCUGGGCGUGGCGGUGGCGGACAAGAAGGUGAAGCGGUGGACCAUGACGGGCCUCAUCCCCAUGUUCGACCCGCCGCGCGACGACACGCAGGAGACCAUCCACCGCGCCGAGAACCUCGGCGUCGAGGUCAAGAUGAUCACCGGCGACCACCUGACCAUCGCCAAGGAGACGGCGCGCAUUCUGGGCAUGGGCACCAACAUCUUCCCGGCCGAGUACAUGAAGAACGCCGACAAGGCGCGCCAGGACACGGGCCUCGACCUCCACGAGAUCGUGCGCCAGGCCGACGGCUUUGCUGAGGUGUUCCCGGAGGACAAGUACACGAUCGUGGAGAAGCUGCAGAAGGGCAACCACAUCGUGGGCAUGACGGGCGACGGCGUCAACGACGCUCCCGCCCUCAAGAAGGCCAAUAUCGGCAUCGCCGUAUCCGGCGCCACCGACGCCGCUCGCGGUGCGUCGGACAUCGUGCUCACCAAGGAGGGAUUGAGCGUGAUCGUCGACGCCAUCAUCGGCUCGCGCAAGAUCUUCCAGCGCAUGAAGAACUACUGCAUGUACAGCAUCAGCGUGUGCGUGCGCAUAGUGCUCACCUUUGGCAUCCUCACCCUCGCCUACGACUGGUAUUUCCCGACGAUCGCGACGGUCAUGUUUGCGAUCUUCAACGACGGCUCCAUGUUGACCAUCUCCAAGGACCGCGUCAAACCCAGCCCGAAGCCCGAGAUGUGGAACCUCCUCGAAAUCUUCGGCACCGCCAUCGCGCUGGGAACGUACUUGAGCGCGUCGACGAUCAUUCUGUUCCACCUGGCGGUCUACACGGACACGUUCGAGAACUGGUUCGGGCUGGACCAGCUCUCCUACGCCGACGCGCGCGGCCUCAUCUACCUACAGGUGUCGGUGAGCGGCCUCGCCACGGUGUUCGUCACCCGCGCGCAGGGCUUCUCGUGGAUGUUCUGGCGCGAGCGGCCGGGCCUGCGCGUGAUCAUCGCCUUCUGCAUCGCGCAGGCCGCCGCCACGGUUCUCGGGGCCUACGGCCUGGGCGGCUUCCCCAGCGACGGCGCGACCGACUUCAACGGCUCCGGCUGGUGGUGGGUCCUCGUCGCCUGGAUCUGGUGCUUCAUCUGGUUCUGGCCGAUGGACAUCAUCAAGUUUGUGGUGCGGUCGGUGAUGCGCGGCGAGGUCAACCUCUUCAGCCACCGCUUCAGCGUGUCGAUGCAGCUCAUCCACGGCCAGCCCCAGGUCGGCGCCACCCCCGAGACCACCACCUACGAACAGACCGUCAUCACCAAUCUGGCGUCGAAGAUGAAGCGCCGCUUCAGAAGGCACAAGCACGCGGAUGCUGAGAGCGAAGCGAUGAACGUUGACGAUCGUCACAAAGAUCUCGACGUCGUGGAGGCCGCCACCGCCUCCAAGGCCGCUCAGAAGCGCUAG